AAUUUGGAAUCGAAUAAAAAAUGAAAUCAUCGUAAAAUUAUUCAUUCCAAAUUGCUACCGUUUUUUUCUUAAUUGGCUUAAUUUUCGGUAUCAAUUUGGAAGCUACGCAAUGUUAACCUCUAUCAUGAUAGUCUUAACCUACUGUUUAUCCGUUGAAUAGCAUUGCUUGUAGGACAAGAUCAUCGAAUUAUGUUGCUUUAGUAGAAAAUCGUUUCUCUUAUAAAAUAGUAUGUAUAGCAGAAUUGUACAAGUUUAAUAUAGUAUAAUGACUUGUAGAAUAUUUUAUAAAGUAUUUUAUUUGAAAAAUGUUUAUUUAUAGGUGUGAUUGUUAUAAUUGAUGAACAUGAUUUUUUAAAAUUAAACCCAUUUUCCCGUCGAUUUCUUUGUUGGUUGUCAAGACGAGAACAAUAUCCGUUAACAUUUCCAAAUUUAUAUCAUUUUGGUGAUCAAGAAAUCUUUAUUAAUUCAUCAUUUCAUUUUAUUUUUACUUUUCGUCAAAUUGAUCGAAUGUAUGUUCCUUUAAAAAGUCAUAUAAUUGAUAUGAGUUUAAGUUUAAAUACAAUUGAAAAUCAUCUUUGGCUUCGUCUUGUUAAAUUAAAAUGUCAAAGUAAUCUUAUUCAACAAGUUCGUUCAAAUCAACGAAAUCAUUAA